UUAAUUUUGUAAGUUGACCUAUCAACUACCUAGGAUGGAUGACUCUGACCGGAACACGAUCCAUGGAACUGUAGAGUUAAGAUCAGGAAACAGAGAGGAUUUAUUUAGUCCUGAUGUUAUAGAUAUACUCGUUAAUAUUAUUUGCACAGGGUGUGGAGUUCAGUAUCCUGAUCAUUACACCUGGGAGGAUCAUGUGAGGGAUAUGGUUGAACUAGAGGACAAACAUCAUACUUUUAAUACUCAGGUAACAGAUUGUGAAGAUUCUAACAUAAUACUGGAUGGGGAGUUUGAAUGUCCAGAUUGUGGUAAUGGUUACAAUACUCAGGCGGAAAGAGAUGAACACAGAUUGACACUUGGGACAAGUGUGAAAUUGGUUUGUUCACAAUGUCAAAUUCUUGUUCCGGAUAUGGAAGUUCAUAUUCAAACACAUCAGUCUGAAGUGAAGUGUGGUGAAUGCGGAGACAAAUUUAAAGAUUUAAAUGCACACAUGAUGGAUUCACAUUCAGGGUUUAUGAGUGUUCUUCUAUUACAAACAAUAAGGUGUGCUGGUGAUGGUAGUACCCAAGUCACCAUAGAGGUCGUCUUAGCAACAGACGCAAGGUUUUUAGCCUCAGAGGUCAAACCCUUCGCUCCUGAAGUAGAGGUCAAGUCUGCAAAAAGAGGUAGAAAAAGAAAACAGGAAAUGUCUGAUCAGGAAACAGAAUUAAAAGCGGAAAUAGUUGAGAAGAAACCUGCUUCUAUCAAGAUUAAAGAUGAAUUUUUCCUGAAGCUGAAGGAUGAAGUAAUUGAGAAAAACGACUUUUCCGUCAAGGACGAGUUUGCUCUGUCGGACGAUUUCCCCCUGAAAGAAGACGACUACCAUAACAUAAUGAUCCCAGAACUCAAAUUUACUCCGCAAGUGAAGAAGAAAAAGAAGAAACCGUUUAACGGACAGGUUGGAACAGAUCAGUACCCUCCUGAUCUAUCUGAACGAGAUAGAGCGCUCUGUCCUCCAGUAAGCCUACCCAAGAACUUCUUCAAGUCUGGCACCAGGAUCUGGUCGAAACUUCCAGUCAGAGUUCAUCAAUGUGAGCUAUGUGGGUUUUCUGCUAAAACGAAAAAUAAAUACAGGGAGAAACAGGAUCAUUUGAUGAAAUGGCAUUUCUCCAAGCGGAUAGAGCGUAUCCUGCCAAUGACCGGAAAGAAACCAUUUAUGUGCCCACUGUGCCCUUAUUCGGGUAAAGAUCGGCAGUGUGUUGUUCGGCACUAUACAGGGAAACACCAGGCCCUUGACGUGUGGAUGGCGGAGUUCCUUGACGCAAUGAUCUCAAAAUCCCUGACCGAGGAUAUUCUCGACAACGUAGAGAAUGUCAACAUCAAUCCAAAACCUGGCGAAACCCAAAUUCCUGGAAGGGGGAAAAUAGUGAACAACAGAGCGGAUUUAAAAGAGUUUCUAUCUGGGAGUGAUUAUACACCGGAUCCUCAACGAAAGCAUUUUUGUGAUGAGUGUGAACAAAUCUUUCCUUCAAACAGUGCUCUCAAGAGCCACAAGCUGAUCGAUCAUAAUCCAAGUGAGAAGACAAGAUGGGAAAAAGAGGCACGGAUUGGAGUUGAAGAAUUUAGAAGCCUGCGAUUACGAAACCGACAAGAAUCAGAUACGAUCGCUGAGAUCGCUUCCAACUCACAGGAAACCGAUUUCAACUCAGAGAAUUCUCCGAAUGUUGAAACUAAAUCAGAAAAAAUUCUAAAAUUAGAGGAUGAAGAGGGAGGAGGCUUAAAAUGUUUAUCGUGUUCUAAUGCAAAAAUAUCUGCCAAGCUUAAAUCGAUCGCUCAGCUCAAGGAUCACAUCCAGAACAACCAUAUGGACCUGUGCAGACUAAAAUACUUCGUGGCGUGUGAAACAAAAAAUUCAUCACACGCUAAAUCUUUUUUCUACACGCUUUGCAGUAACUGCGGCCAGUGCUUCUCUCAGAAUUCGAAUGAUAGUAUUCUGGAAAAGCACAAAGAUGAACAUAGAUCGGAGGAGGAAGAGGAAGAAGGAGAUGAAGAGAAAGAAGAGAAUGAAAGCAGAAUAAAGGACGAGGUUGGUGAUGGUGAUAUUAAAGAAGAUGCUGAGGAAGAAAUUGACACUGAAAACUUGGAAGAAUCUCUCAGCCCCGGACUCAAACAGGGACAAAAGGAAAGGGAACUGAAAGACGAGUUUAUAGAUUCGAUAGAUGACAGUUUGGUGGAUAGGGUGGAGUCAGAACCUAAACUCAGUGCUCAUAGAAACAUCGGAAAUGGAAAGGAUAGCGGAAGUUCCGACGAAAAUAUCGACGAAUUGGACGAAUUUUUAAACGACAGCGAUGGUUCUUCUAAAACUGAAGUUAAGGGGUAUACUCGAGGGGUGGAAGGGUCUAGAAGAUGCCCCUGUAAAAACUGCUGUGAUCCAACUUACAUCCCGGUCAAUGGUGUCAGGGUUCAUACCUGUAUACUGAAACACGAGUGUACAAAAACAUUUACAAAGAUUGCACAUCUCAAGGCGCAUAUCCGAGCUAACAACAACGAGAGACCCUAUACUUGCUCCUGGAAGGGUUGCCAUAAAAGUUUUGUCCGCCGGGAUGAGUUAAAGAGGCAUGCUUGGAUCCAUACUGGUGAAACAAGGUUUCGAUGUGACUGUGGGCGAGGUUACGGGCGUGCAGAUCACUACAGGACCCAUGCUCUCAAGUGUAGUCUUUCUACCGUUGAUAUCACCACACUGGACGAAUUGGCAGGGAGAACGAAGACGAAUGACGAAUAACUAAAAGAAAAGGCUGAUUGAUAAAUGAUAACUGUACAGAGUUAUAAAAAAAAACCUUUGCAGAAUUGAUAUUAGUACCUUCCAAUGAUUUUAGUAGAACAUUUAUUAUCCACCUUUAUAUAUGUUUUAAGAUGAAAAUUACUCAUUUCUAAAAUACUCAAAUAAUAUUAUUAACCUGGCCUAGCACUGAAGAUAUUUAUAAAUGCUCUCUUUAAUAUUAUGAUUCUUGUUAUUUAAAUUUUACGUUUAUUUUAGAUAAAUAAAUAUCGUUCAUGAA